AAGGGGUUAUAUACACUUAUUUUCUAAAAAAAAUCGGUUUUUCUAAGAUUUUUUUUUGCAAAGGCGGGAUUUUUUAAUAAUAAUUGAACACUGUUGAUAUGUUUAUAUAUGUUUAAAGUUGUUUAAUUUAAUUUUUUAGUUAAAAAUGUGCCCAUUUGUUGGCACUACAGCUGUUGUGUCGAUACACUUUUUUUCUGUGACGCUUUGCGGUGAGCAUGAUAAGUAGGUAAUGGUUCAUCUGCAAUCAAAUAAAAGAAGAGUUUUCUUUAGCUUAUAUUAUAACGCCGUACUUGAAUGAAGGAUUUGGCGAAAUAAACAUUUUUACGCAAGUGGUGAUGAUUUUACUGAAAAGAUCGAUUUUUGUGUGUCUAAAAAUUCAUUUUUUUCAUUCCCAAAAAAAAACUCUUGUUUCAAAUAAAAAAUCCUUCGUUCAAGUACGAGAUAUUGUAGUUUUCAAGUAGCUAGCAAAAAAUUAGACCGAUAGGUCGCAUGGUUCUUUAGAAACCUUGCUCACCGCAACGGUACUUUUUAAAAAACAUCAUUUCGAGAUAAUCGCGUUUAAAGUUUUGGCACGUACUUGGGGGCAUAUGGGAGGAGCGCGCUGUUGACAGCUGUAACUUUGGUUCUAGUGCUCAGAUCUCUAUGAAAUUUACAAGAAAUAAUCUUAAAGGGAUAUACUUUAAGAAAAUGCAAUAAAAAAAAUAUCGAUUUUUCCAACCAACACAAGUGUAUAUAACCCCUUAACCUUUAUGUCAACAGCAGAACUUUUUUACGCACGUCAACAGCAACACACCCGGGUAUGUACAUACGUUUUGUAUGGCAAAUGGCAUGCCGUUAUAACUCGGCAGGUACACAUUCAACUAAUCGCUUGCGAUUCAGAUUUUUUUACUAAUAAUUCAAUAAUAUUUCUAAUAAUUCAAUAAAUAAUGAUUCAGUAGUUGGUGACGAGGCUUUAGAUGAAUUUGUAGGUGAUAUUCGUGGUGAUGACUCAGACUUAGAAGAGCCCACGUUACCAGAAUAUGACCCAGAGGACGACAGUGAUUCUGAUGAAGAACUAGAAGAUGCACCAAUUGAAGCUGGGGAAUAUUUUACUGCCAGAGAUGGUAAUGUUUGGUCUUCGAUACAACCACAACCUGUAAGAUUCCGUACGCACAACAUUCUAAGAAGUGCACAACCUGGACCAGUACGGGCAACGCAAGGUUUGACCAUUUCAGAAACGUUCAAAUUGAUAAUGUCAGACGAAAUAUGCGACAUAAUUUUUCGGGAAUCAAAUCGAAAGGCAAGGCAAUUCUUUGAUGAUGACAAUGCAAAACAUCCAACAAGAGAACCGAGAUCAUGGAUUUCCAUAACAGAAAGUGAAUUUGAUGCAUAUUUGGGCGUACUUUUGCUAAGUGGCGUUACACAUUCUGGUUACGUGCAUACGAAAGAUUUGUGGAAUACUAAAUCACAUCCAUUAUAUCGUGCUGCAAUGAGUGUACGACGAUUUUGGGAAAUUAGCCGCUUCAUUCGUUUUGAUAAUGGAAACACACGCCAGCAACGCAAACAAACUGACAAAGCAGCAGCAAUAUCGGACGUUUUUUCGAUGCUAAACAGCUGUCUUCGUAGAUAUUACGUGGCAGAAGCCAACGUCACCGUAGUUGAACAAUUGUAUGCUUAUCGUGGUGGAACUGGCUUCACGCAAUACAUACCAUCAAAACCUGCCAAAUAUGGGAUAAAAGUGUGGUGGGUGUGCGACUCCAUUUCGUCCUAUCCAUUGCAGGGACAAAUCUAUACAGGAAAAGCACCGUCUUGUGAACGUGAAAGAAACGUUGAUGAAAGAAUAGUCAAAGAUUUAUGUAUCAACCUUUUUGAUGGAAGUGGAAGAAAUAUUGUAUGUGACAACUUUUUCACUAGCUACAACUUGGCAAAAUCUUUGAUGAUAGACAAUAAUUUAUCCAAGGCCAUCGAAGCCAUGAUAGGUAGGCCCAUCCGAGUUGUGGAUGAUGGAGCACAUGAAGCGGAGGAGCGUGAUAGUACGGGACGCCUAAAAGUAAAGGAGAAUUGCUACAUCUGCUCCAAACGACGCCCUACUCGUAAAGCAUGCACAUUAUGCAACAAACCAGUGUGCGCAGAGCAUUCCAAAGACUUGCCGCAAUGCGAUAGAUGUAAUUGAAUUUCAAUAAUUUUAAAUUUUUUCGUAGUUUUUUUAAUAUUUUUUUAUAAGUAUUUUAUAAUUUAUAAUAAUUUUUAUGCCAUAAGUAUUUUUUUCACUCAAAAUAAACUAUAUUUUUCAAAUAUUAUCAUAUUUGCAUGCGUUUACUAUACAUAUGGUAUGGUAUACCCAGGUAUGUAUGCUGUUGACGUAAGGGUGCAACUUUGUAAAUGGGCUUUAUCUACCAAACGGAUGAUCCAAUCCUAACCAAAAUUGAGACUAUUACGUAAAACAGUUUUCGCUAGGAUAUCACGAAAUUUCAAGUCGAUCCGAUUAUCCAGUUCAGAGCUACAGCGUUUUGAAAACGCAAAACAUACCCAGGUAUGUUGCCGUUGACAUAAGG